CGCCCCCUCGGAUCCCCGCCGGCCGAAUCGUUCAGUCUCCACCCGCUGCCGUACGUGGCCUCGAGUUCUCCCCGUGGCUCAGUUCUGCCUCCAGGUCCCGUCCAGCUGGAAUGCAUAGAUCGCCACCCGUCUACGGGGCAGAGGACGUUCCGCAGGCCCGGCGCGACUGUUCAUGGGCCCCGGGGCCCGAGCCCGCAGCUGAGCCCCCCGGGCGCGCAGCCGCCGCCGCAGCAGCCUUCCGCGGUUCUAGUCCAGCGCUGACCGCAGCAGCAGCCGCGCCCGCCCGGACGCCCAGCCCGGCCCCCGGCCCCGGCUUCGCCUUCCGCCAGGGAGCUCCGGGGGCGCCCGCCUCCCCGCCAAGCCCCGAACCCAGUCCCGAGCCCCGCUAUGGCUACAGCCCACCACCGGGUCGUGCUGAGAGCAAACAGGGCGACGAUUCUCGCAUCCGCCGGCCCAUGAACGCCUUCAUGGUCUGGGCCAAAGACGAGCGCAAGCGACUGGCGCAACAGAACCCCGAUCUGCACAACGCAGUCCUCAGCAAAAUGCUGGGCCAGGCAUGGAAAGCCCUGACCACGGCCGAGAAGCGUCCCUUCGUGGAGGAGGCCGAACGGCUGCGUAUCCAGCACCUGCAGGAUCACCCCAACUACAAAUACCGCCCCCGGAGGAAGAAGCAGGCCAAGAAAACCCGGCGGCUGGAACCAAGUCUGCUGCUGCACGGCCUCUCGCAGCCGCCUAACGGCUCCAGCUGCGGCGCUGGAGCCGGCGCCGAGGGCUUUGCCGCAACACACUCGGGGGUCCCGGGCCACCAGCAACCACCCCCACUCAAUCACUUCAGGGAACUGCACCCGCUGGGCGCCGAGCUGGACAACUUCGGGCUGCCCACGCCCGAGAUGUCCCCUCUAGACGUGCUGGAGCCCAGCGAGCCAGCCUUCUUUCCGCCGCACAUGCAGGACGACUCCGGUAUCCUAGGCUUCCGCUCGCCCUACCCGCCACAGCUGGACUACGCCCCCGACAAGGCGCUGGCUCGGGACCUGGGGGGCCCCUACGGGCAACCCGCGGCUCCAGCACACCUGGCCGAGGCCCUAAGGACCGCCCCUCCGCCCCCGCCAGGCCUGUACUAUAGCCAGCUGUGCAGCCCUUCGGGUCCCGCCGGCCCCCGGGCCAGUGGCCUGUCCCCGCAUUUGGGCCAGCUCUCUCCCCCACCUGAGGUACACCACCUGGAUGGCGUGGAACAGCUGAGUUCGGCUGAGCUGUGGACCGACGUGGACCGCAAUGAGUUUGACCAGUAUCUAAACACGAGCCGGACUCGGCCAGAAGUGCCCGGGCUUGCGUACCAUGUGUCUCUGGCCAAGCUAACCCCUAGGACCCUGUCCUGCGAGGAGAGCAGUUUGAUAUCUGCGCUGUCUGACGCCAGCAGUGCGGUCUACUACAGCCCCUGCAUUAGCGGCUAGCUCCAAAUCCGCAGCCGCCUCGGGCCUCUGCUGUCCUGAAGCCCCUCCUGCCUUCCUCUUGGAGGCAGCGCCCCAAUAUAGUCAGGAGUCAUCAUUACUAUUUAGAGUAAUUCAUUAAAACACAUAGCGCUUCUUUUUAUUUUUUGUAUGUGCUCCAGUCACUGUUAUGCUACACACCUAUAUAGUACAAAUGUAUGUCUUCUUUCCAAAGCCAGGGAUAUAGUCAACCCCUGUACACAUAAAUAUUCAUACUGUGUAACGGGCACCCACCUUGUAAAGAGCCAAGAUACCCAAAUCCGAUGUUUCAACUCUGUCUCCCCCGCAUCACCUAGCUGAGAGAGAACAAGCCAGAUAGGGAGGGACUCAUGACAGCUGUCUUUCACUCCCUGUUACUUGCCUGCCGCAGGUGGGCAAGCAGCUCUUUGCAAGGCCUGUUUUACAUACAGGUUAGGCCUGUGGUUUUGGAAAAUAUUGGGUCGCUUUGUUUACAGAAGUUGUUUGAUGCCUCACUCCAGGGUCACAAUUUUCUACCACAUUUCUAAAACAUUGUCUACUCCACCAGCGAUGUUUUCAUUGGAUGAUAAGACUUAUUUUUACUAAACUUUUUUAUAUAUAAUAUGAUAUUUAAUUUUUUAUUAUCAAACUUUUUAAAACUGUUUUUCUUUCUGGGGAUGUUCCCCCAGAUCAGAAGCAUUGAUGUAGCAAGGUCAGUUUUAUAUUAAGAAAAAAAAAAGUUGUUUAAAAAAAAAAAUAAGGAAAAGGAACCUAGGGCAGAAAUCUGCUAGUACACUGGGAGUAGAAUAACCUUAGGCUGUUCAGCCUUUAUCCAGACCACUUCAGAGUAUCUGUAUCAAAAAGCUAGACAGGUUAUAUUCCAGCAUCCCCAAAGCUUUGGUUCAGCCUUGGAGGCAAUUUUUCUAUAGCAUUUGGAGGAUCUCUGCUUCCUUAUUCUCAACAACAUUCACUGGGCACCUGGGCUCCUAAGUAAUUAGGGUCAAGGUCAUGAGAGUGUCCUGAAUAAACCACCUCAGCCUUUUCUAUA